AUGCCUGGCAACCUGUCGAUUAAUAUUUUGAGCUCAAACUACUCGCGGUACGGAACAUCUGUCUACCAAACGCUUUACAGUGAUUGUGAUGAGACAUGUAGUACUUAUUCAGCCCAGGGCUUGGAAAAUGUGUCAAACAAGGACAGGAAUGCGAAGAUUGAUGGUGGGAUAGACGGUGACAAUACCAAGUCAAAAAUCAAGCGUAAGUACAAAUCACUGUUGCAGAACUACGGUGGAAAUCCGUCUUCGCGCGCCAAGAAAUUCAUCGGCAAGUUUCACGAUCACAACUCAAAUGACUCCUUUUCAAUAUUUUCGCUAAGGAGCUCGUAUUCAAACAGAAACCUACCCACCUCGCAGUCAAGAACAGCUAUAUCUUCAGUGGGUGGACAGCGCGAGGUAAUAUCGGAAUAUUCUCGCCCCUUUGACGAUAUAAACAGUCUCCCGGUAGAAAUUCUGAGGGUCAUUGUUGAACAGUUCACUCAGGGAGCAUGCUUUGAAGACUACAAGACGCUCGUGCGAUGUCUUUAUGUCAGCAAAAAAUUCUGUGUUGCAAGCAAAAUAGAGCUUUACAAAAGCCCCACAUUUACGUCAACUUAUCGUGUAGCACAGUUUGUCACGUCUUUGAGGGUUCAUCCUGAAAACGGCUUGCAUGUGAGACAUUUGGAUCUCUCCACGUUGAAAAAUGGCUUGUUGGAUGGUCAAAAUGGUCACUUUGAGCAGAGCCGUAACUCUGUGGAAGAGCGAGUUCCUACACGCAGGAGAUCCUCUGCUAGGGAUGUGUUGGAAGAGGCGGAUGAAGACCACGAUAGUGAUACAGAUCCCGGUGGAACAGGAAUCGAGAGAUCAGACACACUCUUAGACGAGGACCUUCCUGACAUCGCGCUGGCUGGAUGGCGAGAUUGGAGGUUUAGAUUCGAUCCCCUAUACGGUAACCAGCUGCUAAGUUGUCACAACGUGCUGCGGAAGGUGUCAUCAAGGCCUUCAUCCAUCAAUUCUACUGGAGCUAACAGCACAGGUGGUGCAUCGGCUACAAGAAGGUCACACAGAUCGAAUAGUUCUGUGACUUCUUUCACAACAAGUAUAAUGUCACCAUUCUACAAUUCCCCCUCACUGUCAUCUCUCAGUCUCAACCCGUCCUAUGACAGCAAUAGUGGCAACGAUUCGGUGAAGUGGUUUAACAAACUGUUUAGCACGAAGAAGAGUCCUAAAGAGCGGUAUGAGAAGUACGUGGAGGCUAAUUUCAAGAACCGUAGCGCAUCUAGUACUGAUGCUGUUCGGGAAGAUACAAAAGGAGCAUCAGUGAAGUUUUCCGUGGAAACAAACCUCAAGGACCAGCCAUUUCAUGAUCGACAUCCUAUGACUAACAAAUUUUUUCUGAAAUAUGCUUUGUCAAAGGACAUUCCGUUAGGUUAUUUGUUCCACAUCGUUAACCAUUGUCCGAACAUGGAUAGCAUGAAUCUUGCCGACCUGAAAAUAUCCACAGAUUUUCAAUUGCACGCCCGAAACAGCCAGAAAAGAAGUCAUGCAACGUCUCUCAUACAGGAUGCACAGGUGAUGGUCAGUGGGGACGAUACACCUUGGGGCAGGGACCUGGAACCUCAAUAUUUCACGGAUUCAGCCAAGGGUCACGGUCACUAUGCCAGCCCCUACAGCGUGAAGUCUAAGGAAUUAGAGGAAUUACACUUUGUGUCGCCGUAUGCCAUGGCGGGUGAGGCUUGGAUCUCGUCACAUUACCCGCCGCCUAUCAACGAACGCACCAAGAUUCGAGGCCAGAGGAACCGUAGUCAAAGACAGCACGAUUACAGUCUCACAAAAUUAGAGGUUCGCCAUCUGUUCCAGCUCAUGCAUGACAAAUUACCAUACUUGAACACAUUGCAUAUGGACAAUGUGGUGUGGUGUAAUCAGUCCGAUGUUAAGGAAUUCGUGUUUUCCUCGCUGGAGCAGAAUCCGUUGCUUGAAGUGUUUUUCUCGCAUGCCGGGAUGGGGAGAAACCUCUCAUGGGCCUCUAGCGGUCGCGUAUGCCAAUUUGUGGCCACUCUUCUUUUAGGCGAGAUUCUUGACCAUGACGAUCUGUACUUGGAGGAUUUGUUCAACGUUUGCACCGAACGCUACAACUGCAACGCCGAAUACGACUGCACGAUGCUGGGAUGUUCUAACAAGGUUCUGGUGAGCACUUACAGCCAGAAAACCGUGGCCUGCAGACUGCAAGUGCGCCGCGGUCCACACUCGAGACUGGAAACCCGGGUUGAGCCGGACAGCACCGUGAUGUGCGAUAUGUCAUUGGGUCCCGAGCGCGCUCAGUCCAGUGACGAAGGCCUUUUUCGACUUGAGCAGCUGGCGCACCAGCUCGUUGAACGACUAGAGAAUCUGCGUACGGCUGAACUACGCAGACACAUUGGUGAAAACCAGUACACGAUGCAUUAG